AUGUACAGCGCAGUCCCACCUAAUCAGACGGCUCCAGCUUCCCCAACCCAGAGCCGUGCCAAAAAGAGCAUCGUCGUGCAUGAACAACCCAAAUUCGACCUGGAGUCCUAUAUUGCAAAUUACCAAGGUAGAACACGACUAGAGCGCCUCCUCCUCAUCGGCGUCUGCUCCUCCGUCCUUGGAGUCGAAGCUCUCAAGCUCGCAGUACGGGAGGCAAAGAAAGGCAAAGAUAUCAAGCGGUACCGGGAUGCACAGAAUCACCUCGAAACUAUCGGCCCGAAUGAAGUUGAGGCGGAGAAAGACCUUAACUGGAUGGAGAGAACGGAACGUGCAAAUCAGGCAGAGUCUCAACGGCUUGAGGCAGAGCUGAAGGGCUAUAAGAAUAAUCUGAUCAAGGAGAGCAUUCGUAUGGGAAAUGAGGACUGCGGAAAACACUACCAGGCUAUUGGUGAUCUCCAAAAGGCCUCAGAUGCGUAUGGGCGCAUGAGACAGGACGUCAGUACGAACAAGCAUAUCAUCGAUACCAGUCGGCAUCUUAUCGAAGUGGGCAUCGAGCAGAAGAACUGGAUUAUAGUCUCUUCCAACGUGCAGAAAAUCAAGAGUCUGGGUGCGGUCGACGAGGAUAAAUUCUUGCAGCCAUAUCUUUGCGCUGCGGAGGGACUUGCACGACUGGAUGAGGGUGAAUACCAUACCGCCGCGAUCCAGUUCCUAGCUGCAGAUGCCGGUAUGGGUCUCAGUUGCAACACCAUCAUCAGCCCGAACGACGUCGCCAUCUAUGGAGGUCUAUGUGCCCUUGCGACUAUGGAUCGUAACGAGUUGCAAAGCAAGGUCCUGGAGAACUCCAACUUCCGAACAUACCUGGAACUCGAACCUCACAUCCGACGAGCUAUCUCCUUUUUUGUGAACAGCCGCUACUCUGCCUGUUUGGGUGUCCUUGAGGCUUACAAAACCGAUUACUGGCUAGACAUCCAUCUCCAGAAGCACGUCGAUGACAUCUACCAGCUUGUUCGCAGCAAGAGUAUCGUUCAGUACUUCAUUCCGUUUUCUUGCGUUACACUGGACAGUCUGAACCAAGCUUUUGCGGCCCCAGGAAAGACAAUUGAGAAGGAGCUUUCGGCUAUGAUCCAGCGGAGAGAGCUUGAUGCAAGAAUUGAUACCCAGAACAGACUCCUCACGUCCGUACCCUCAGCACCCCGCUCCAACCUUCAAAGCUCAACCCUCAAGACAGCCAAGGAAUACGAGCUUGAAGCUCGCCGCCGCAUCCAGCACAUGAACAUUAACGGCGCUGAUCUGGAGAUCAAGGCCAGUAAGCGCAAUCCUUUGGGUCCUGGCGGUAUGGAUGAUUUCUUUGAAGGUGGUUUUGGUGGCGUCAGUGGAGGAAGAGAGUUGCGGUCUUCGGCUAGAGGACAUGCUUGA